AUGAUGUUUGAUUUAGAUGACGACUAUUUUGUUGCGACUCCCGUGAAUAAAUGGAGCUUCCUAGGCUUUUACGAAUUCCGCUAUUGCCAAGACGAUUUCAACAAAAUCUUUGCAAAAGAGUCAUUUCGACUCAAAAAAUCACUCGAGCGUUUAUCUCGAGAAGGCGAGAAGGAAAUUCGGGAAGGUGCGCUGAGAUUUCUCGCCAAAUUUUCGUUGAAUAAGAUGUUCAGCUUCCACGAUAUAAGAGAUAAUCACGGCUCCCUUUACAUAUUCUUGUGGUGUAUGGACUUCAACAGGGAGGGCAUUUAUGCUUGCCACUCUAUCCACGGGACUAAACACUACUAUAAACCAGACGUCAAAGAUUUCUGGGACGAAAUUGAAGUCCAAGAAGAAAGAGAUGUUCAAGUAUUAGUAGAACUGACUUGCAAAACUAAGGAGAAAUCGAUUGAUGAGCAAGAAAAUCCGAAGGAUUCAAGUGAUGAAGCAGAUAAAGAUCGAAACAAAAAGGGACCAUUUAGAAUGAAAGAGAAAAAUCGAAAGGAGAUUUUAAAAGCAUAUAAUGAAAUGAGCAAAGAAAAUAUGUGGAAGCUUUCGUCUGGGAGAAUAGUCGAAGAGGAAUUGCUUAAACUGGGAAACGAUUUGGAGUUCGAACAUUCCGUUCAUUCAUUUAUAAUUGACACUGAUGAUGAGGCAGUAUCUGACCACUUCAGUGAAGAAGAGAUUGAAGAAAUUAAUUGUACUACUAUCCCUCAAGUACCCAAGCUCUCAGAUGAAAUUACUGAAUUUCUGCACGAGUUUAAUGGGAAGGAGAGUCUAAUUGAUAUUAGAGAAACCCUGAAAGAGAUGAUGUUCGGUAAAAAUCAUCAUCACGAAGAUCAUCAUGAUAAGGAUUACGUAAUAUACGCUCUAUAUACAUUGGUUAGAGAGAUCGAAUAUGGAAAUAUUAAAGAUAUGAAGCUUGAAGCUUGGUUCAAUUGCCACAUAUGGAAUGCGAUUUUCGAUCAUGCUUUCGGAGAUUUAAAUGUUAUAUCUGUUGUCAGGAGUGAAAGUACGAGUUUGGCAACAACAUCAAGAAAAAAUGCGAAAAGAAAGUUCUCGGAGAGACGAAAAAUAGGUCACAGAAGCGAUUGGAUCCUGAGGUCCAUCACUAACGGUGAUAAACUUGAGUUUGGAGCUGGAGAAGCAGGGAAAGUUUGGACGGAUGAUCACGGAACAAAAUUUCUCAAGGAAGCGGGAUUAAAACUGCCUAAAGUUCUUAAGGACAUGUUAGUAAGGUUAAUGGGUAAGGUAGAUUGGAGUAGGGAAAAAUGUACAAGAAUACAAACCGUUGGAAUCAUUCACACAGGUUUAAUGUUAAUGAUGGUCUAUCUUGAUAAUCCAAAAGGCUAUGUUUGCAGAAUUCGACGUGGUGAAAUAAUGGAGGUGCCAGAUACGCCAGAAAAUUUUUCAUCCGCUCUUACAAUUCUUGCAUCUGUUCUGAAUUUAAAGGCGGCGGUCAAAGAAACUUUAAAAGCAAUAAAAUCAAAAGAACCAACCACUGACUCAUUAGUAAAUGCUGGAACCCGAAAGAGACGUCGAAACAUAAGUCAGCACCGGUUGUCUAAUUGCAUGUCAACUCCGGAGAAGGCAAAGAGGACUAGAAUGUGUUAA